AUGGGGGCUGCCGUGAGCGACUACUUCACUGACCCCACCGAUGUCUCGGCGGGCUACGUCGAUAUUCCGGACCCGCUUAUCAUUAUUCACCACGCGUGCGCCAAGGCGCGUCACCACGUCGCGAGUAUUUACUUCAAGAAGGGCGGCGACCCGAAUGAAAAGUGCUUUGAGGAGGACGAUACCUACGAACGCGAUGACACGCCCAUGAUCUGCGCCGCAAGGGGCUGCCCCGACGUGCCGGGUGGGACACCCAAGCACGUGGCAACCAUGGAGAUCGUGCUCCUCUACGGCGGCGACGUCAACGCGUACAACAAGGUGCACCAAACCCCCUUGUACGUAGCGAUUCAGAAGGGCUAUCUGAACAUUGCCGCCUGGCUCCUCGUCAAUGGCGCCAACGUCGACCUUUGCGACUCGGUCGGUGUCUCACCGCUUUUGCUUGCAGCCCGGCUCGGCCGCGCCGACUUGGUGACGCUCUUGCUGGACAGCAAGGCCCGCGUGGCCGCCCCACGGCGACGCGCCAGUUGCCUCAAGUUUCCGUCGCUGGCCGAGGAGAAUGCCACAUUCACACCCGAGAUUCAAGCGCUCUUGGCGAGCGCGCUCCAAAAGGAGGCGGACGCGAACGCGGCGCGGAUGGCAGGCCAGCAAAAAAAAGACGCUCGCGCCCACAUGGAGCUGCUCAAAGUCCAGCUGCAAGAAGUGCGCCAAGCGACGCGCCGGGCGAACGUGGAAGCGCGAUUGCUGCAAGCCCACGCCAAGGCGCAUACACCUGUUGUCCUCACAACGAUACCAGCCCCCGCCCCCCCCGCGUUCACCCCCGUGCGCCACGGCGGCGGCACGUGGGUCAAGAAGAAGCCCAAGCCGACGCCGUCGCUUGCGGAUCACUUUCGGUCGUCGCCGGCGCUCAACCGGAUUCACUCGGCACCAACCGAGUGGACAUUUGUGAAAGCCGACUUUUCGAGCGUCGAGUCGCUGCACAAGCACGACCUCAUGCACAGCUCGAGUGAGCUCUACGCAAGCUUACAGCGGCGCCGAGCGCUCACGGCGGACCCACGCAACGUUCAGUCGGCGCCCGACAUAUCGGUGCACCGACGAAAUGCGCUUGCCGUGCGCCCACAUACGACCAUUGCCGUCCAGGCGCGAAGAUAG